UUUAGCAUUGGUCUCAUCUUAUUUAUUUAUUUAUUAUUGCUUUGCUGGGCCUUGACCUUGUUUGGUGACACAGUAUUUGAUGACUUAUUCUCAGGCUUUACGUACAUUUCCUGCUGCUGUCAAAUUAUUCUUGGCAACUUAUUUGGUAUUCCUCUUGGUCUGAAUAAGCCUGGUCUGAGUUUCUGCUCUUUCCUUUUGUUGCAGGUUUUGACAGAAUACAUUCUUGUCUCAGUAACUAGUGCUGUAACAGUGACUAUAGCAGGGGUUGUCAAGGAGGCUGUCACUAUUUUGGUUGCAGUCUUUUACUUCCAUGAUCAGUUUACCUGGUUGAAGGGGGUUGGUCUGUUCACAAUCAUGGUUGGUGUUAGUUUAUUCAACUGGUACAAAUAUCUAAAGCUACAGACGGGCCACAGCAAUGAAGUUGACAUGGGUGAUGCUGCUGGUGAUAUUGCUGGCUCACUCAAAUCAAAUAUUAAUGCAAGAUAUGUUAUUCUUGAGGAGGUGGAUGAGCAAGAGGAUAGCACUUGAAAGCCCUGGUUGACAAACCAUUUGAACUCAAUGAGUUUAAGACGGAUGGAUUUUCAGGUUUGAUUGAUGAAGCUUGUAAGGUGUACUACUUAUUUCCAGCUAGUCUCUGAAUUAAACAAUCCUGUGCUCUCUGAGCUAUGCCUUCGGUGUUUUGGAGUUCUUCUGUUGGAUCCAUGGCAGGAAUUUUUGUAGAUUAAAGAGUCAAGCCAAUAAUUUCUUGACUUCUAGCACAAGGUAAGCAGAAAAAAGGGGGGAAAAAAACUGUGGUGUGGGAAGUUUCCUCAAGCUUUCGGCUGAUGUAAUAUUUGUAUUCGGUAUUAAGUAUGCUUCUUGAUUCCAAAAAUUGUCAUUAUUGAUUCAAUUUUUCGAUUAAUUUUUUCAUUGAUAUUGAGAUAUUGAAGAUGUAAAUGAGCACAAGAAGCUAUAAUAGAUAUCUUCUUCUUGGUGUUUCAAAUAUCAAUGUUUUGUUGGGUUGUGUUUUUA